GCCGGAGCAGCCUUCCCAGCCCGGCUCCUCGCCGCCCGUGACCUUCCCGGGACGCCCCGGCCUGGGAGGCCCUCUCCCCGCGGAGCGUGUCUGCAGGCCCCGGGGAGGGGGCAGGAGGCCGGACCGGAGCCCCCGCCUCCGGGUCCCGCUGGCCGCCGGGCAGGGCCUGUGCACAGCGCGCAUCGCCGCCGGGGACUGGCGAGGGGGGCGGCGGGCUGCAUCCCAAGGCGGCAUGGAGAAGCGAGCGGGCAGGCCCUGAAGAGAGAGCCGGGCAGGCAGGAGAGGAGGGAACCGUCGGCUCCGCAUCCCGCGGGAGACGGGACCCCCCCCCGGGCUGCUCCCGCGUCCCGUGAAAAGCCGGGAAACCGGCGCCUCCCUUGCCCGGAGAGACCCCCCCGGGGCGCCGGGCUGCCGGGACUGAACGGGACCUGCCUCCCCGCAACAGAGGAGGAAAAGCUUCAUUGUGCUGGCGGCAGGAGCCGGGGUUGUGCCCGCUUCCUGCCCGCCCCUGUGUCCCGCGGUGCGCGGCCAGAGCCCGGCAGCCAUCCCGCCCGGAGCCUCCUGCUGCUCCGCAGCCGCGCCGAGAAGAGAGUAAUAUGUGGGAGGCUGUGGACUACGCGCUUCCGACAUAGGAACAGCACUGGGUUGGGAAUCUCUACUUCUGAGAGAAUGCUGGGAAUCUGCAGAGGGAGACGGAAAUUCCUGGCUGCCUCUCUGACUCUCCUUUUUGUUCCAGCCUUUACCUGGAUUUACCUGUUUUCUGGGAGUUUUGAAGAUGGGAAGACGGUGUCGCUGUCGCCAAUCGAAUCUCAGCCCCAUAGCCCUCAUUACACAGCCUCGAACCAGCGGGAGCGGGAGAGCUUGGAAAUACGCAUGCGGGAGGUGGAGGAGGAGAACCGGGCGCUCCGCAAGCAGCUCAGCCUGGCGCAGAGCCGGAGCCCAACGCACCAUCGUGGCAAUCACUCAAAAACCUACUCCAUGGAGGAAGGGACUGGGGACAGUGAGAGUCUGCGUGCUGGCAUCGUGGCAGGGAACAGCUCAGAGUGUGGGCAGCAGCCAGCAGUGGAGAAGUGUGAGACAAUCCAUGUCGCCAUUGUCUGUGCUGGGUACAACGCCAGUCGGGAUGUUGUCACGCUUGUCAAAUCAGUCUUAUUUCACAGGCGAAACCCUCUUCACUUCCACCUCAUUGCAGAUGCUAUUGCCAAACAGAUCCUGGCAACUCUCUUCCAGACCUGGAUGGUCCCUGCUGUGCGCAUAGACUUCUAUGAUGCAGAUGAGCUCAAGUCGGAAGUAUCCUGGAUCCCCAACAAACACUACUCUGGGAUUUAUGGGUUGAUGAAGCUGGUUCUGACAAAGACUCUCCCUUCCAGUCUCGAGCGAGUCAUUGUCCUCGACACAGACAUAACCUUUGCCACUGACAUUGCUGAGCUAUGGGCCGUCUUUCACAAGUUCAAAGGCCAGCAGGUUCUUGGCUUAGUGGAGAACCAGAGUGACUGGUAUCUGGGUAACCUUUGGAAGAAUCAUCGUCCCUGGCCAGCUCUUGGGAGGGGUUACAACACAGGGGUUAUCCUGCUACUUCUGGAUAAGCUGCGAAAGAUGAAAUGGGAGCAGAUGUGGAGACUCACUGCUGAAAGAGAGUUAAUGAGCAUGCUGUCAACCUCACUGGCUGACCAGGAUAUCUUCAAUGCAGUCAUCAAGCAGAACCCGUUCCUUGUCUACCAGCUUCCAUGUUUCUGGAAUGUGCAGCUGUCUGACCACACCCGUUCUGAACAGUGCUACAGGGAUGUGUCUGACCUAAAGGUGAUUCACUGGAACUCGCCAAAGAAGCUGCGAGUGAAAAACAAGCACGUGGAGUUUUUCCGCAACCUCUACCUGACAUUCCUAGAGUACGAUGGGAACCUGCUGAGGCGGGAGCUCUUUGGCUGCCCCAGUGAGGCAGAUGUCAACAGUGAAAAUCUUCAGAAGCAGCUGUCCGAGCUGGAUGAGGAUGACUUGUGCUACGAAUUUCGUCGGGAGCGCUUCACCGUCCAUCGCACUCAUUUGUAUUUUCUACAUUAUGAGUACGAGCCUGCCUCAGACAACACUGAUGUAACUCUGGUGGCUCAGCUCUCAAUGGACAGGCUCCAGAUGCUUGAAGCUAUCUGCAAACAUUGGGAGGGUCCAAUCAGCCUGGCACUCUAUCUUUCUGAUGCAGAGGCCCAACAAUUCCUGCGCUAUGCCCAGGGCUCGGAAGUCCUCAUGAGCCGACGCAAUGUUGGGUACCAUAUAGUGUACAAGGAGGGCCAGUUCUAUCCUGUGAAUCUCCUGCGGAAUGUGGCCAUGAAGCACAUCAGCACACCAUACAUGUUCUUGUCUGACAUUGACUUCUUGCCCAUGUAUGGACUCUACGAAUACCUCAGGAAGUCUGUCAUCCAGCUAGACUUGGCCAAUACCAAGAAAGCUCUGAUCAUACCAGCUUUUGAGACCCUUCGGUACCGCCUUUCCUUCCCCAAGUCAAAAGCAGAGCUGUUAUCUAUGUUGGACAUGGGAACCCUCUUCACAUUCAGUUGUGUAUAUUCAAGGUAUCACGUCUGGACAAAAGGGCAUGCACCAACGAACUUUGCCAAAUGGCGGACAGCCACCACACCUUAUCAAGUUGAGUGGGAAGCAGACUUUGAGCCAUAUGUUGUUGUGAGGCGGGACUGCCCGGAGUAUGACAGAAGGUUUGUAGGAUUCGGCUGGAACAAAGUAGCUCACAUAAUGGAACUGGAUGCACAGGAGUAUGAAUUCAUAGUGCUGCCCAAUGCCUAUAUGAUCCAUAUGCCGCAUGCUCCCAGCUUUGACAUCACCAAGUUCCGCUCCAACAAGCAAUACCGCAUCUGUCUGAAGACCCUGAAGGAGGAGUUCCAGCAGGAUAUGUCACGCCACUAUGGUUUUGCAGCCCUCAAAUAUCUCACGGCAGAGAACAACAGCUAGCACGAUGGAGCCUGUUUAUGGAAAACAGACACUCAAGGGAGGAGCCAUUUAACGUUUGGGGCCCAGUCUCUUAACUUGGAACUGAGACACUUUUUGUUUUUAUAUCAUACCCAACAGUUCUAACAGUAGAGAUUUGAAGCGAUAUGUCUUCAGACUGUGCUCAUUAACCACCUCCCUUCCACCCCCGCCCACCAAGCUUUCAGCUUUAGCAUUCACAAGGUGUGAAUAAGAGGAGCCAGCCAUGCGCCCAUCAUAUCACAAACAGUGCAGAGCGGGGGUGGGACGGGAAUAUGUUUUCUGUUCUCAAAACAGUUGAGCAAAGACAGAUAUCCAGAAAAUAGGAUUUAAUGUUGCUAUUUAAUAAUUCUACAUGCUUUUUAUCUGUAAAGGAAGAUCUUCAGGUCACUGUCUUGUGAAUUUUAAACCUACACUGCUCUAAAAGGGGAACUUUCACAUUGGCCUUCUUGAUACGGAUGACUAUUCUAAUGAAGGGCAAGAUUUAAAAUAGCCUUGAAAAUGAAGGGGAAGCAUAUACCGUAUCCCACUAUGGAGAAGGUGUGCUAUAGGCUGAGGCAUAUCCAUGGGAUCAAUUGGUGAUUGAUCCUCAAGUUAAUUCUGUUUCAUCUGGAAACCUCCCUGCCCCAGCCAUAAAAUCCAUUCCUUCCCUUUUAAAAGGAAAUUUUGGCCUUCAUUCUGCUUGUCCAUCCCCAGUUCUAGCGGUCCAGUAAAAAAGAUUGGUGCCUCUACCAGAAUGUGAAGGAACCUGUCAGUGUAAGGCAUGUGUUCACCUGAGCAAUUCAUGAAAUAAAUGGCCAUGUUGUAGCAUGGUUACCAUUUUAAAGGCAAGAAUUGGUUUUUUCCCUGGGAUGUAUUUUCUACUGGGGGAUAUUGACCCAUAGGCUCUUUCAGUGCACAGCCACUUGUGAAGGCAUUGGGCCUUCGGCUUUAAGUGGACUUUGUCGCUGAACAGGGAAAUAUGAGCACGGCAACAGAGCCCAGUAGCCUCAGUGCUAUCAAGCUGCCUGCUACAAGCUCUCAGAACUACUUCAUUAAAGGAGUUUAUAAUAAAAGGAGCAAAACUUCGAGGCAUGAACUCCCCAUUUGAGGGGGAGAAGAGAAUGUGUUGGGAAUCUGAGUGUGAGUGUUUCUUGAAUGUGGGGUGGUCUAGUUCACAACCUCAGUAUGCGUAGAAAUAUUUUGGAGGAUGGACAAGAAACCUAACAAGCAAAACACAUACUAAAACCAAGACACUGGACUUUUUACCAUUUCCUUUAUUCUUCAGUAUUAAUGUUGUGUUUACAUGGGAUGAGGAGAUGAGGUUUAAUGCACUGCCCUUAGCUGGGCUAUUUGUAUUCGCUUGCAAUGUUACGAGAGAAAGCAGAAUUGACUAAAGUGGGAAGUGUGUCCCUCUUCCUAUUCCAGACCAUGUAGAACAGUACUUACAGACAUUGCUGCCUAGACUAUAUAAUGGAUCCACACUUCAUUGUGCUCAUUAUUUUAUUCUGUUUUCCAGUCAUUGGAUCUUCCUCCCCACCUCACCAUGCUAGAUCUUGGUUUUCUUUCUAACCUGCUACUUUUUGAGGGGUUUAUUUACAACAACUUCAAAACACAAGUAAGCCAGAUGUUUACAAUACAAAUUUUGGUUAAUCAUACAAACAUUUAAGAAAAGAACAGCAAAAGAAAAAAGCAACUUCUUUGAGACAAGAAAUAAGACCAGGAGGGAGUCUGGAUGUAGUUAUUACAUUUUCUCCUGUGGGUGUGGACUGUGUAAGAAUCUAUCGCUUCCUACUUUUCCAAAUUGCUUUGCUCCUUUACUUAAUGGCUCACCUAAAAACUUGUGAGGAGUUAAGCCCUGGCAAAGGCAUAUUUAUAAAACAACCCCUCCCUCCCUCAUUGUUAAUCUGCCAUCCUUUCUCAAACUGAGUAGUGCAAUACUCCACAAAUAGUCCCAGUGAUUCUUCACCAGGAGUAAGGGUGGCAGAAUCUGUUCCUAAGGGUAUGUCUACACAUAAAACGCUGCAGUGUAUACACUACCUAUGCUGACGGGAGGUGUUCUUCCAUUGGCCUAGGUAAUCCACCUCUCUGAGAGGUGGCAGCUAGGUCAAUGGAAGAAUUCUUCUGUCGACCUAGGGCUGUGUAUACAGGGACUUAGGUCAGCUUUACAGUGCUGCUCAGGAGUGUGAAUAUUUCACACACCUGACCAACGUAGUUAAACUAACCUAAUUUUCUAGUGUAGACAAAGCCUAAGUAGUCCAGUGGUGUGAAGUGCUGAUUUACUUUCUUGAAAUUCCUAGUCGGUCCCGCUGUAUAACUAAAGCUGUUUUAUAGCACUAGUUAAGUGCUGGAUGUUAAUUUCUUCUUUGUUCCACUAUGAUGCCUGGGGACAGGGGGAACACCAUUCUCCUGCAGUGCUAGUUAUGGGUUAGAUUGUACCACAAGGACACAACCCAUAGUAAGGGGAGCUUCAUCGUUGCGCCAUGCCAUUAGCAUCAUUAGCCACAAUUCUGUCCCUGCUCCCCCUUCUGGUGGGGGUGGGGGUGGGGCAAGUAGUAAUUUGUUGCUGGCGCAUACUGGCGGCAAAUUAUGACACCCCCGGUUUAGGCUCAGAUAUGUUGGCUGGUGUAAGAUGAGCAGCUCAAACUCUUCUAAUAGAUUAGAGAGUCACGGGUUUUCUUUAUAGAAGCUGUGCUUGUUUAUUUGUAUUGUCAUAUUCAUCAAGGUGUGUUCUAAUUCUGUUUUGUAUUAGAAUCUCAAUCAAGUUCCCUGGUACUGAAGUAAGGCUGACUGCAGUUUAAUUCCCAGGAUUACCCUCUGGCAUCAUUUUAAAAAAAUGUACAUGUGCUACCCUCCAGUCCUCUGCUAUAGUAGCUGAUUCUAAUGAGAGAUUGCAUAUUUAUAUUAGCAGCUUGGUUGCUUAAUUUGGUGAGUCCUUCUGAACUCUCUGAUGAAUACUUUCUAGACCUGGAAACUUAAUGCUUUUUAAUGUACAGAUUUUUUUUCCAGCACCUUCUCUUUUGACACCUUAGUCUACGACAUUUCCUUAUCUUUAUUUCCUGAAAAGAAUGAGUCUCUGGGAUAGAUAUCUCUGCAAUGUCCUUUGUGGGGAAGAUUGAUGCAAAGAAUGUAUUGAAUUCGUGACAGUGUCAUUAUAGUCAUUAAUUGCUCUGUGACAGUCCAGAGGACCCAACAGUUAUUGCAGGUUUUCUGCUUCUGGCAGAUGGAGCAAAUUUGUUUAUACCUAUGGCUAUUUGCUCUUCAAAUUCCCUUUGAGCCCUUCUGGUUUCCAUCUUAAGUUUUAUAGUUCUUUCAACCAGGUUUUGAUUUCCCAUUUGUCUUGAAACUUACCAUUUAAUCCUACUUUUAUUUUCAUGUCCUCUUCCUUUUUUUAUUUGUUUAGGGGUAUCCAUGCCUUUUGUGAGUCUCUGAGCAUAAGUAUCCUCCAUGCUGAGUCUAAGGAUUUUAAUUUUGAUUUAGGACAUUUUUGACCAGCUUCUUUUUAAAUCCUGCUUUUCACAGUGAAGUGUUACCAUACUAGUUUUUGAUGUGAUUCCUCCCCAAAGGAUGCUGAACUGAAUUAUACCAUAGUCACUACUAUUGACUGGGUCAACUAUAGUUACUUCUUGAACCAGCUCCUGUAUAUUAUUUAGGGUGCAGCAGAGAACAGCUUCUCCUCUUGUGUGUUCUAGAAAUAGCAGUUCCAAGAAGCAGUCAUUCAAGGUGUUGAGAAAUAGGUUCUUGAAACUUUUUGUUUUAUAACAUUUGCUCAGCUCAUGUGUGGGUAGUUGAAGCUGUCCAUUAUUACUAUUUUAUUAGGCUUAGUUGCCUCUCUAAUCUCUCUAUACAUUAUGUACCUAAUAUCCUUUUCCUGGUCAGGAGGACAGAAAUAUAACCCUACUAGUGUAUUUGUAUUCUUUUAAUUUGGGGUUUAUGUCCCUGCACAUUCUACUCUGUGGACCUCUCCCCUCAGAAAUUUUAACUCAUUACAUUCUGUGGAAUCCUGUAAGCAUAGUGAGCCUCUCCCAUCUCUACAACCUGGAUAGUUUAUACACAGGUAUGGCUGUAUCCCACUGGCUCCUGACAUUCCACUCUGUUUCAGCAAUUCCUAUUAUCUCAAGGUCCUCACCCUCUGUCAUGCAUUCUAAUUCCCUUAUUUUUUCUGUAAGCUUCUCACAUUAUUAUAGAGACAUUUCUAGUUUUGCUCAUGCAUUUAUUUUUCUUACAUUUCUUAGUCUCACACUCUGAUACUUUUCUGAAAUGUACCUCUGUAAUCUCAGCCUGUCCCGUCUCCAGUUUGGCUCUAAUUGCCAUCCUAUACUUUACUGGAUAAAGAUAUAUCUUUGUAUUAGAAACAACCCUAGCAGCUGUCUUUGUCUGACCUGAGUCAUUCUUGGUACCUGUGAGAUUUCCUUCAGCUCCUGCUUUAACUAAUCCCCCCAAACCUUGCCAGUUUUGUGUGCUAGCAGUCUGGCUCCACAUAGUAUAUGUGCAUUUUUUUUUCAAGUGGGACUUAAAAUCCUCAUCUGGGACUCGCUGGGGUGAAGGAAUUUGCAGCUGCACCUGCAUUUCCACCACCCAUGUUAGAAGUGAAGACUCUGGAUGUGUUCACAUCAUUUUUAAAGUACAGAUUAUUUAUGUAAUAGGUUCUCACAGCUUCCCUUGUGGUUUAUAUUUAAAUCACAGACAUCCCUUCAGUGACAGUGGCACCACCAUUUAAUAUUAAUUGCAGUGUAGUUUAUUGCAGUGUAGUGAAUUCUGUAUUAGAGGGAGAAGCAUAAUAAUUUCAUCAUGGAUGCAGCUGCUAUUUCUCUACACAAGUGAAAAUAAGGCCUUAACACAACUGAGCCAUCAGUUUUAUAAAUGCCCUGUACAAACACAUUGCAAGUGGUUUUCUGUUAGGUACAACAGUCAAUUUUAGAAUUAAAUAUAAAAAUAUGUUUUAAUGUUCUUAUUUUUACAUGACUGUUUAUUCAAAUGUAAUGAUAAACUUCUACCUGGAAGAUAAUGUGAUCUCCAGAUUGUGCCAAUUCCCCUAUCAACGUGGCCUGCCUAAUGGCCACCAUCUGUUUUUUAGCUGAGGAAGACUGUGCAGGACUCCUUGAGUUGUUGGCUUUUAGUCAGCAUAGAUACUAGUGUUAGAGACACUCCCUCCUACUCUGCCAGAUAUCAUAAGGGAUAUUCAUCAGAUUUCUAUGGACCAUCAACAGGACACAGAACUCAGCAGGUGGAAUAAGAGGAGGAUCAAUAGCUGUGAAGUGAAAUGGGUUCCAUUUUGUUUGAUUGUUGGAGUGCAGAAAAGGAGGAAAAAGUCUGUGGUCUUUGGUAUGUGUCUGCUCCUCAAGUUAAAACCCCCAAAGUUUUUUUUUUAAAUCAAGUUUCUGCAUCUCUAAUAAACCAGACUGGAACAACUGAGUCACCCAUGCACAAUGAAAGCAAAUUAACCAACAUUUCCACUCUGGUAUCGAAGAUGCUGAAACAUCUUUGACAUGUCAGUAUUCUACUUUUUUAUGUUAGGAACCUGUAAUAUGUAGUUAGAGUGUGGAUAGAAAUGUUUAAAUGCUUUAUUGAAUCAGGACACAAUUGAUGAUUUUUUCAAAUUAACAUUAUAAGCAGUCAGAGUAGAAAGAAACUACUGGCCUUGUUCAGCCAUUACUGCUUGAGAAAGUGCUUAUAGUCAUGGAUCUAUGAUACCCUAUUUUUUUAGGGGACCCCCAAUAUCAGAAUGCAGACACAGAAUGCUUAUUAAUGUCAAAAGGAACUUACUCCAUGUGCCAAUUAACUGGGCACAAGAUUUUCCUCUUAAAUUCCCUGGACACAGAUUGUACUUGCCUACAGAGUGUAGUUGCUGUGGGCUGUAUAAGAAAUAAUUUGCGAAUUAGAAAAAAAGACAAAACAUUUAUUCAAGUGAUGGACUACAUGUGUUGGUCAUUUAUCCAAAAGCACUUCUAGUUCCUGUAGUGGGACUCUUACCCUGUUUGUCAUGUAAGUAUGCAGAGUUUUAUAAACCUCAAAUUACAAGGUUAUACCUGUUCUGUCAUGCCGCAUUGUAGUAUCCACUGUAAGGAUUAGAUUGAUUUAUUUUCCCCAAUUAAUUACUGUUUCAAUAAGGGAAUAAUGUCCUACUCCUUUUGACUCCUAUACUGACAAGAAACGAUUGUGCAGUGCAAAAAGGCAAUAUUUGCGUCUAAUAAUCUGCUAUCAUUAAGGGCAUGGUUUAAAUCCAAAGAAGAGAAAUGGUUUUUAACUUCAGGCUGAAACUCUGCUUGGACACACAGUCUUUACCCUCUGCUAGUUAUGCUUCAGAGUUGCAGAGAUCUCUAACCAGGUGAGACCAAAGAGUUCAAACCAAACCCUGGCUAUUUCCCUAGGUAUUACAGCAACAUAAUUCUCAUAUAAACAGUGCAUGUAUAUAUUUUUCCAUAGAAAGAGCUACAUUAAAAGAAUGUUCUAAAGUGAAGCACUGAAAAGUUAGGAGAUGCCUGAAUUAAAGUUGCUCAUGCAACCUUAAUCUGACCCUUUGUGUGCAUGCCUUAUAAUACAGUCUUUAAGAUCACAUGCUAUUUUUUUCAGAGGACCCCUGCUUCAUUCAGUUCACGAGAUGGAUGGUGCUCAGGGAAUGUGGCCGCGGUUGGGUAUUUCUUUUUAUCCUCACUGGUAAUGAUCUUUGAAUAAUAUUUUAGUCUCCUUGAUUCUGAGCAGAGCCAGGCCCCCUUUUUCAAAGGGUAGGUUUAAACUUGGUCUUGGAAAACCUUUGGGAAAAUCAGUUAAACCCUAUGCAUUAAGCUUUCCGUGUAGAAUGCUUGGGGUUUAAUUCUAUAAGUCCUUCUCAUGUGUAGGGCCCUUUGUAGUCAGUGGGAGUUACACACAUGGAGGGCUUACACUAUUGGACCUUAAACAUUUGAAUUCUAAAAUGCAGUAAAUAAUGGCCUGUCUCAUUUUUUAAAAAGAGCCAAAAUACAGAAAGAAUAAGCGAGUGAAAACACCUGUUGACUUACCUCUGAAGACGGUUAAGUCACAACUGAACAUGAAUUUUGAGUUGUCCGGGAUCUGUGCCCUUAUUAACCACUAGACCACAUGGCCUCCCUAUUCUAGAUGAUCUAGGUUAUUGCAGAGUUUGCGAAGCCAAGCUUUGAGAUUAAACCAGCCUCGGCUCACAGAUUCAUGAUCUUUGUUAGUUCUGCUGAUCCCACAGGCAUUCCACUGCUGUGUGUGAGCAAAGGAGAAACACCAGAGGAAAACAACAACUAUGGUAAUGGCAGCAAUCAGGACAUUCAUCCUUUCAAAACUCUGCCCACCUGAAGUCAACAGUUGGUUGGUUAGUUAAUGGCUGAAGCAAAGCUAGUGUCCUUGCAAGCUUCUUUUGCUGAUUUUGAGACAGAUUUAUUGCUGCAUCAGUUCUCUCUUGCAGUGCUCUAAAACAACUGACAUCUAAAGAAGAAAAAUAGAAAACCAGCGUAUCCUGAUUGUUCCUCUGGCUAUUCAUCCAUACUAAACACAAGCCAUGAAUAGGCAGCAGCAUAUCAGGGUGUUUUGGUUUUUGUAGAAGAUCCAAGUGAUCUCUAUGUAUAAACUACUUUUUGGGUAGACUUUGCUGUGCUUCACUACAGCUCAUAAAGAGUUCUCCAGUGAGUGAUAGACACCUAUUAUGCAUAGGCGUUUUUGGGACUCACCAUCGUGCAGAUUCAGACUGAGGGCAUAUAACUUAUGUAAUUUCCCCACACACACAUAGACCCUGCCCAGUGUUUACCACUUACAGGAAGGCAUAAAAAUCCAAAUGGUACAGCUAUUCAAUGGUAAGGCACGACAGUGUGGUUCUAGAGUCUUAUGCAGGAGGUUAGAGUAGAUGACCAAAAUGGUCCCCUCUGGCCUUAAAAAUUGCACAUCCUGCUGGUAUUGGUUCACACUGAACUGUUUGGGCAGAGUUUGUAUCCUUUGCUUUUAAGUUUUGGGUUUGUUCGAAGUAAAGCAAAGACAAACUAAAAAAUCAAUAGGUUUUGUUAAGAUUCAUGAGUAGCAUAUGGAUUUUGCAAAAGUUUGUGUUCAUGGGGAUUCAUCCAGGCCAGUAGACCUAACACAUAACCAACUGUCAGAAAAUUUGUUGUGGACCCAUAGAACUCAGCCUUUUUUAAAAAAACUUGUGCUUAAAGAGAAAGUGAGCCAAAAAAGUUCAGUUUGAGUCUCAGUUAUCUGGGCCCAAAAAUAUUUCAGACAAAAAACUUUGCUGGUUUCAUUUCCACAUUUGUAUAAGAAACAAGCAGACUUCAUAGUCUUUUUGAAGUUUUGUUGCAAAAGGUUUGCACAGCUCUCUUCAGUUCCCAUCACACUUGGAAGUUUUCAGGACAUUGUGUGAAGCAGAUGCUAGAAUUGUGGGUCAUUGGGAUCCUCCAAGAAAUAGUUCAAUAAAAGGGCUAGACUUCCCUGUUGCCUGGAGUAUUGGUCUUGACCUUUGAGACUUCACAGGUACUGUUCCUGUCUCAGUAGUUUCUCUGACUGUACGUGUGAAAGAACAUAGGUCCAUGAUAUUCCAUAUGGCAAGUUCUUUACUAAAGAUACACCCUCACGGUCCCUUUCUUUUAUGAAAAGCAAACGGGUGCUCUUCCACUUUUAGGCUUCUGCAUUUCUGCACACCCUUCUCUUUAUUCUGUGAUUUUGGCAGUUUUUAGUUAAGUCCAAACUUGAGAGGAAGUUGAGUGGUUGGAAGCCACAAGGAUGGCAUCCCGAUGUUUUAUUUUUAUUUUUUUAACAUAUUCCUAUUGUUGCAACUUUUCUGGCUCCUGACCCCCUGUGCCUCUAAACAUCAUUCCCAAGAAUUACUGUUUUUUAGUCAAAGGACAAUAACACCAUGAGCAAUUGCACACAUACGUACAAGCACAUUGAGCACUCAACAUUUCCCCCACUUCGUACAGUUCCUAUGUUAGCAUGAAAUUUCUUUAAUGCCAAGUGAAAUUUCUAAAAGGCUUGAUCCCAUGAUCUUUUUGCAUCCAGUCCAUCACACAUUUUACCUGUGCUUCACCUUCCCCACAUUUAUCGCUGGCGAUAUUGUCCCUCUCUCCCAUUACUUUGUCAGAUAUUUUUAAGAUAGUACAGUAUCUUCUCACAGCCUGGUGGGCUGUUUAUGCUUAUUGUGCAGAGAAUCCACCUUUUGCUUGCUAACUUGUUGGGGGGCAGGAAGGAAAGAGCCACUUUAAAGCAAACAAAACCUCUGAAUGUCAGGAAUAGAGGAAUCAAGCCUUGAAUAUAGCACAAUGUUAAUAGCCUCAGAGGAAAGGGAGAUGCCUGAAGAUGCUCAGAAUCCUGUACCAAUCCUGCAUCCAACCUUACCAACCAUUGGGUGUGAGAUGCUAAUGAUGACUAGGGCCCCACCAAAUUUGCGGUUCGUUUUGGUCAAUUUCAUGGUCACAGGAUUUUUAAAAUAGUAAAUUUAAUGGUUUCAGCUAUUUAAACCUGAAAUUUCAUGGUGUUGUAAUUGUAAGGGUCCUGACCCAAAAAGGAGUUGGGGGGGUCACAAGGUUAUUGUAGGGGAGUAGUAAUGGUGGCAAUACCAUGAUCCUCCCCCCAAAAAUAACCUUACAACCCCCCUGCAACUCCCUUUUGUGUCAGGACUCCCAGUUUGAGAAACUCUGGUCUCCCCAUGAAAUCGGUAUAGUUCUAUAGGGUAAAAGCACACAAAAGAGCAGAUUUCACAAUCUGUGAUGCAUUUUUCAUGGCCGUAAAUUUGGUAGGGCCCUGAUGAUGACCAUGCAUAACUUUGGGGAAAGCAAUGGCAUUGGAAGAUUUGAAAAGGCCCAUUUUAUUUUUUUCCCUUCACACAACCAGCUGAUUUGUCCUCCAUAAAGCCAUCCCCUGGUAGCAUAUGUAGAAAUGUACCAAAUGGACAGCACACCAGGUAACAGAGUACAUAAAUAAUCACUCUCCUUCCAAGCUUGCUGCAGGUUGCUGCAGCUUCAGUUUUUCUAUUUAGCUGACAUUCUCAGAAGAGUUCACAACCUGAAGGAGGCUAACAGGUGCUGAGUGCAUUAAAAAGGCAAUGGACCGUUGCCCCUAUUUUUCUAAUAUGUCUACUAAGUUUUGGGUGCCUCAAUUUUUCAGUGUUCCAACUUGAGCUACCAAUAGCUUGCUUCUCAGAGGUGCUGAGCAACCACUGCUGUUUUUGACUCCAUUUGGAGAUGAGGGUGCCCAGCUCCGCUGAAAAUCAGGUCCUAAGUGUGCAAGUUCGGCAUCAAAAGUGUGUGGACAGUUUUGAAAAUGUUAGCCCAAGUGACUAAGAAUGAAUGAGUUGACCAGCCAUGGGAGCAGCAGCUUGUGUGCUUUGGAAAUCAAGGGCACUGUGAUGGACACAGCAUGCUAACAGACAAGAACACAUAGCUUUCGAGAAUAAAGUGAUGAAGAUCUUAAUAGUUGAUAGUUGAAGCAAAAUAUUGCACAAGCAAUGUGGGUAAGGAUAUGCAAAUGUCAUUGCAUCAUGCUACUGUUGUAUGGUUUUGCAGAGGUCAGGAACAGCAUAUGCAAUAUAUCUGUUGGCAGUCUUCUAAUGACAUAAGAAAUGAAUCCAAUGAAAGGAGAAACCACAUUUCCCCUCACCAAACAGGGCUUGAUUUGAACCUGACUCCUUUUUGCCAUAAUACAAGUAUUUAUACAUUCUUCAGGGGGAAGACUGGAAUUUCAUAAUCCUUAUGGUGAGUGAUGCAUGAAGGGAUGCUUGUCAUUUCUUUGCAAGACAUGUCACACGGAAGAAUUUGAAUUUUAAAAUCAUGUCCCUGUCUGUGCAUUACCUUACUGGAAGGCUUCCUGUGUGAAUGAAUAGUGAACUCUUCAGUUUCUCUCCCACUGGGAGUGGGGGUGGUCCUUAUGCGAAAUUUCAGGACA